UAGAAAUCUAGGAGAAGCUAUAUAAACCACAACCCAUCUUUGGGAUUCAUAUAUCUCACAUUCCUUCACUAUAACCUUUCUUGAAAUUUACUUGUGGACUCUUGUUUCUAGCAAUGGCUUCUGGAAGACAAUACUUGGCCUUACUCUUUAUUUUGGGAAUUUGGGUUUCUCAGGCCUCGUCUCGUUCGAUUCCUGAGGUAUCCAUGUCAGACAGGUUUGAACAAUGGAUGGCUAGCUAUGGCCGAGUUUACCAAGAUCCAUCAGAGAAGGAUAAACGAUUCCAGAUAUUCAAAGAAAAUGUAGAGUACAUCGAAUCCCACAAUGCUGGUCAUACUGCCAAAAAGUACAAGCUUGGUGUUAAUGAAUUUACAGAUUUGACCAACGAGGAGUUUAAAUCAAUGAGGAACGGUUAUAAAAUGCAACGUUCCACCAUUGCUUCGUCUUCAAAAACAUCUUUUAGGUAUGAAAAUGUUACAGCAGUUCCAUCUAGCAUGGAUUGGAGAUCUAAAGGAGUUGUCACCAACAUCAAGGACCAAGGCCAAUGUGGGUGUUGCUGGGCAUUCUCAGCUGUGGCAGCCAUGGAAGGGAUCACCAAACUCAAAACUGGUAACCUUGUCUCACUAUCAGAGCAAGAAUUAGUUGAUUGUGACAUCAAUGGGGAAGACGAAGGUUGCAGUGGGGGUCUCAUGGAUGAUGCUUUUGAAUUUAUCAUUUCAAACAAAGGACUUACAACUGAAUCCAAUUACCCUUACCAAGGAGUUGAUGGAACUUGCAACAAGAAGGCAGCUGCCAACCAUGCCGCUCAGAUCACCGGUUACGAAGACGUACCUUCAAAUAGUGAGUCAGCACUGUUAAAAGCAGUGGCUAAUCAACCGGUUUCGGUUGCCAUUGAUGCCGGUGGUGCUGACUUCCAGAACUACAAAAGCGGUGUUUUCACCGGUGACUGCGGCACCUCUCUCGACCAUGGGGUUACAGCAGUUGGGUAUGGAGAAGAUGAUGAUGGGACCAAGUAUUGGUUGGUGAAAAAUUCAUGGGGCACCAGUUGGGGAGAGGAUGGAUACAUUAGAAUGCAAAGAGAUAUUGAUGCUGAGGAAGGACUCUGCGGCAUUGCAAUGGAAGCCUCAUACCCAACUGCUUGAUGCAGCACACUGG